UGACAGAUCCUAUUCCGGAAGGACUUGUUACUCUUGCUAAUGUGUUCACUACAUGUGUAAUGUGUACUCGGACAUAGGUACAAAGAUAAGUAGCGGUCAUUGAAACUUUCCAAAUGUACAGAUAAUUUUAUGUAUCUAAAUCAAAAUCUCCAAUGCUCACUAUGAUCUAGAAGACAUUUGCACUCAUCUCCUGUUGUUGUUGCUUCACUUGAAGAUGUUUUUCAAGUCACUGGUGUCCGUCUGUCAAACGUUGACUCGCUGUUGCUUAAGCUGGCAGUUCAUAUUGACUUUCAGCUGGAGCAUUCUUCUAGCCAAUAGUCACGUGAUUCUAACUUACCCACCAGCCAGAAAGUAUAGUCUGGACUUUCUGGACAAUGUGAGGACAAGAGGACCUUGUGGGAUGAUUAAAGAGAAUCACAACGUCACAUUCACGGAGCUGAGUCCAUCAACAGCCUUAGUUGUCCAAUGGCAUCUUGCUUACACACAUAGGGGAGGAGUCUACAUUGAGCUGAGAGACAGUAAAGACAAGAUCAUCAAAAGAUACCCGGAUGUAGGCUGGACCUUACAAAAUGACGUCAGUGCCACGUCUUACACAAUAGUGCUGCCACCUAGCGAGUGUUACAACUGUACUCUCAGAUUGGUGAAACAAGCUACCGACUGGGGAGAGGAGCAUGUCUUCUGGAGCUGUGCUGAUAUCCAUUUAACACAGCAAGAGCUGUCUAGUCAAGUCAGAUGUAACACUCACGGUACGCUCAGUGGAUCUCAGUGUGUAUGCCGGAGGACCUAUGUUGGGGACAGGUGCCAGUUUCAAAACGAGUGUGUCGAUGACACAGACUGCAGCAACCACGGUCACUGCACAGACACCAACAGCACCAGCUAUCCCAGACUGCAGUGUUAUUGUCAUGCUGGCUGGUUUGGUAGACGAUGUGAAAAAGAGUCUCCAGUCCAAAGUCUUUCGGAUCUAAAUUACAGUCUGUAUAAUCACAAAGUAUUAUCAGCAGACUUUGAAUUUUAUUACAGAAUUAUUCAGGAGUCCCAAGAACUUGAAGCUGUGAUUAAGUCAAAGUCUGACUCUUGGCUGGGGAUAGGCUGGCGGUCUUUUGAGGCCGACGAAAGUUGUAGACAGUUUCCUGUACAAAGCCCAACAAAGGGAGGUAAGGACCAAGGAGGGAACGAGCAAAGCCAAUCUUGUGUCCAAGGCACCGGUCCACCAGACAGCGGGACGUGUCCUCAACAAACAGGCACAGGAAACAGUCCCUCCUCCCCUUCCACUAGCCAUGCUGGGCCAAAUCCAUGUGAUGGCUUCUGCAACUCUUCCACUGGGUGUGUGUUCAAUGUGGAAUGGAUCCAUCAGCCAAAGAAUAAUUCACUUGUCUUCACAAUGACAGCAGAUCUUGCACAGACUCAGUACAUGUCGCUAGGAUUUUCAGCAGAUAAUUUGAUGCCUAAUACCGACAUCGUCAUUGCUUGGAGGAUUCAAAAUGGAAGCGUUUACCUUUCAGAUAGAUGGGUGGCGUCCAAAUCGAUGCCCGUAGAGGACACACACAACGAUCUAACUUUGAUUUCAGGGGAGGUUACAGCUGGGACAACUAGCAUCAGAUUUUCAAGGUUGAUUUCCCCUUCAGACGUCAACGACCUCAAUUUAAAUAUCUCUGGUUGUAUCUACUUACUGACCGCAGUUGGGGUCAAAUACGAUUCUAACAGUUCGAUACGAUACCACAAAGGGAACAGGGGAGUAUCGAGCAAGCAAUUUUGUUUCGACAAAUGUCCUGUCGACCGCGGAGAGUCUCUCGGGCCAAUAACGUCUGUACAAGAGAAUCUGACCACCGAGGCUGCACCGCUCCAAGAAGACAGUGAUCAUCUUAAUGAAACAGGUCUAGGUCUUCACGAGAUGGACUGUACUGACGUCAUUAUUGGGUCAGCUCUUUGGAACACUAGCAGGAUUGGGGACUACUACACACGUGACAGAUCUACUCCAUUGUUUGACCAGAUGUACGGAGGUGUUGACAGUUUGACUGCUGCCAUUGGCUACCAGACUAGUACAGAGACAGUCAUUCUAUUUAGGAGAAAGGUUCAAAGUGCAGACGUUACAGAUUGGCCAAUCGAACCUCGGCCAAUGCAUGUAGUUUGGGCCAGGGGUCAGCAUAGAAAUGACAUCAUCCACCGGCCACCCUCGGCAUACGAGAUGAACGAGAUAGCAGACAAAGAUUACUACCGGCCUAAUGAAUUGAAGUAUCAUGGAGCUGGUGGACAUAGAGGAGACACUGCUAUCAACUUUCACGAAGUGCCACCUUCUCCAGCCCCUGUUGAUCCGCCCAAAUGCCUGAGUGGAAGAUGCACUGAUCAAAGCAGCUGUCCCUACCAAAUAAGAUGGGCGUACGAGUCAGCAAGUGACAGCAUCACUUUUCAAAUCAUGGCUACAGUAGAAGAGAAUCAAUGGGUAGCAGUAGGAUUUUCUAACGAUGAGGAGAUGCCCAACACUGACGUCAUAGCUGCUUAUUUCUUACCUGACAGCCAGAGUGGUGGCUUGGUGCCACACGUAACUGACAGAUACGCCUAUGACAGAUCUGAACCAAAGCUUGAUGCUGUGAAUAACGUCCAGCUUAUCAACGCUACCCGUCGUAAUGGCGUGUCCACUUUUCUCUUUAGCCGACCGGCAAGGACAGGAGACGCUGCUGAUAUUGACCUUCACAACAGCCAGAAUAAUUGUCCUUAUGUCUUCUACGGUAUUGGUGGAUCCGUAAGUCCACCGGAAAUUAUGGAUUUCCACCCAGUAAUACCAACUGUAGCUGGAAGAAUUUGUUUUGGUUUCUGUAGUUCUCUGCCUUCAGAGGACAGUACAGUCAAGCCUCAUGGUGUGACUACCGACAAUCAUAUUGCUAGUGUAAUGACCAGUGCAGCGAAUGUUGCCUUGAAUUGUACCAUCAGAUUAACCAACUUGAACUACAACACUGAAGAGAUGGGAGAAAUGACCAGACCGAAGGCCAAAGAACUGAAGGUCACUUUGGAGCUUGAGUUAGAGAAAGCUUUUAGAGAAAGUCUCAACAACAUCAACAAAGUCACCGUACAGAGACUUCGACCUGGAAGUGUCCUUGUUGACUUCAGUGUGGCUGUUACGUCUGAACAAGAUGACGACCAUAGCGCGAAAGAAGCGAUCAAAAAACAACUCCAGAAAAUUGUGGAGAAAGCAGAGCUUGCUGACUUUGUACUGGACACUAAAUAUCUGGCAGUUGACGAGUCCCAAUCAGCUUCCAACAUUCUAUCUGGUCACAAUGGUAGCAGUGGUGACAACAUUGGCAAAUCAGAAAUUAUUAUCAUCGUAGUGGCUGUUGUCUUAUGUCUUGUUGCAGUGGCUAUUGUUACCUACAAGUUUUGUGUCUUCCAGAAAUCAGACAAUAGAAAUGGAAAACUUAGACCAUUGGAAAAUAUGACGUCUUUACAAGCUGAAUCUGAUAUAGACUUAAAGUAUUCGGAACUUAUGGAAAACGUGAAGACUGACCAAAACGUGAAAAUAUUUGAGCCCCAUGUUCAACACGCCUAUGAGAACCCUGGCUACCUGGACCCCAAGACACUCAAUGUAUCUCGUUAUGUUUAGCUACUUCAUUUGUAUUGGUUCAGAAAAUAAACAGCACACAUUCUUUGUAGUUCUAACUUGAACUGUAACUUUCUUACAACGUGAUUUUAGUUUGAACUUCAACUGUAACUUUCUUACAACGUGAUUUUAGUUUGAACUUCAACUGUAACUUUCUUACAACGUGAUUUUAGUUUGAACUUCUACUGUAACUUUCUUACAACGUGAUUUUAUUUUGAACUUCUUACAAAGUGAUUGUAGUUUUAACUUGAACUGUAACUUUCUUACAAAGUGAUUGUAGUUUGAACUUCAACUGUAACUUUCUUACAACGUGAUUUUAGUUUGAACUUGAACUGUAACUUUCUUACAACGUGAUUGUAGUUUGAACUUGAACUGUAACUUUCUUACAACGUGAUUAUAGUUUGAACUUGAACUGUAACUUUCUUACAACGUGAUUUUAGUUUGAACUUCAACUGUAAUUUUCUUACAACGUAAUUCUAGUUUGAACUUCAACUGUAACUUUCUUACAAUGUGAUUGUAGUUUGAACUUGAACUGUAACUUUCUUACAACGUGAUUGUAGUUUUAACUUGAACUGUAACUUUCUUACAACGUGAUUAUAGUUUUAACUUGAACUGUAACUUUCUUACAAAGUGAUUGUAGUUUUAAUUUGAACUGUAACUUUCUUACAAUGUGAUUGUAGUUUGAACUUGAACUGUAACUUUCUUACAACGUGAUUUUAGUUUGAACUUGAACUGUAACUUUCUUACAACGUGAUUGUAGUUUGAACUUGAACUGUAACUUUCUUACAACGUGAUUGUAGUUUGAACUUGAACUCUAACUUACUUACAAAGUGAUUGUAGUUUGAACUUGAACUGUAACAUUCUUACGUGAUUUUAGUUUUAACUUGAACUGUAACUUUCUUACAACGUGAUUGUAGUUUUAACUUGAACUGUAACUUUCUUACAACGUGAUUUUAGUUUGAACUUGAACUGUAACUUUCUUACAAACUGAUUGUAGUUUGAACUGGAACUGUAACUUUCUUACAACGUGAUUUUAGUUUUAACUUGAACUGUAACUUUCUUACAAAGUGAUUGUAGUUUGAACUUUAACUGUAACUUUUUUACAACGUGAUUUUAGUUUGAACUUCAACUGUAAGUUUCUUACAACGUGAUUGUAGUUUGGGUUCCUACAAACCAACAAAAAAUGAGACAAGAAUUAGAUUCAAUUGGAUAGAUGUUCAUUCUUUCUGUUUAAUUUUUUCAAUAAGAAUUCUAUGUGACUUGUUAGCUACCUACUAGUAUUUUUAAGCCAAAUCAUUCUGGUCCUUCAUUGAUGGCACCAAGAUUACACGUAGCAAAGUUCAUGUGGCUACUUUCUGUCCUGGCAUGAAACAUUCUGUGUUUGUUUCUGCCCUGUCAUGAAACAUUCUGUGGUUGUUUCUGCCCUGUCAUGAAACAUUCUGUGGUUGUUUCUGUCCUGUCAUGAAACAUUCUGUGGCUGUUUCUGUCCUGGCAUGAAACAUUCUGUGGUUGUUUCUGUCCUGGCAUGAAACAUUCUGUGGUUGUUUCUGUCCUGGCAUGAAAUAUUCUGUGGUUGUUUCUGUCCUGGCAUGAAACAUUCUGUGGUUGUUUCUGCCCUGUCAUGAAACAUUCUGUGGUUGUUUCUGCCCUGUCAUGAAACAUUCUGUGGUUGUUUCUGUCCUGGCAUGAAACAUUCUGUGGUUGUUUCUGUCCUGGCAUGAAACAUUCUGUGGUUGUUUCAUUGGUCAAAUUGUGGCAACGUUACGUUUUUAUUUUUGAUACAUGUUUGUUAAAGGUUGAAUCUCUUGUUCUGUAUUUCAGUAGGUUACCAAUAUCGAUUCAAUCUUCAUAUCUUUAAAUACAAUCACUAUCUUAUCUUGACAUCUGUUGUUCUACAAACACUAGAGUCAAAGAGAGAAAGUUCAAUUUAUAUAAUAAUGAAACAGAUAAGUUGCAACUCACAAUUCUUUACUUCUGACCUUAUGUUUCUUGCAAAUACAUCAUUAAAAUGUUAUAUUCAUAGCAGAGAGAGAAUAUAUAUGAAAGACAAACAGACUGACUGACUGAUUGGUUCUUGGACUGAUGAUUGAUAAAUAGAGUCUCUUUAUGAAAGUACACAUUUUUGCAAGCUGUUCAGUUAUUCACAUGUAAUGUCGCUAAAAUUCGGUAAAGUUUUGAAUCAAUACUUCUCUUGAAGGUCUACUGUGUCAUUGCUCCUCUGUCAAAAUCCUGCGUUUACUUGUGCUCAGCGCAGAGUUCCUGAUUACCCAUUUAUUACAAAAGAUUGACGAGGUUAUGGUAUUUUAGCGAUGUAAGUUAAAUCCUUAUUGAACAUAACCCUGUUAACAGUCAAGUUCUAUUUGUUUUUUAAUUAACAACAUUGUGAAACAUU